AAAUUUGCACGGUAAGGUAUAGUUAAAAGUUCACUAUUAGAUAAAUAAGGACAUCUACUAUUAGAAAAAAAAUUAAUUUUAGUCAUAAUCUAAUAUUUUUUAUUUAGCAUUGGUGGCGAAAGGACCUCCUUAAGAGUUUAACAGCCUGAUGCAAGAAUGUUCGUUAAAAUGUAUUUGACUGUGAGUAAUUUAAAGAUUAUAUCAUUUAAACAGAUCAGAUUCUCACGUACUGUCAAAGUUUAUCAAAAUUAUAAAUUUUAAUGAAUGUUCUUGCAUCCGGCUAUAAUGAUAAUUUACAUAUUAUACAGCGUUUAAUUUCACAAUAGACUUUUAUUAAAAAUAUAUUUUUCAGAAUUAAAACAAUAAAUAAACAAUAAUACAAAAUAAUUAAUAUAUACGACAAAAUCACUCAGGAUGCAAUCAAAAUGCAUUUACAGCUACAUCUACAUUUCGUUUUUAAAUAAUGAACUUAGUAAGAAUUUUCUGUGUUGUUGUAACUUUAGUAUUUUUAAUUCUUAUGAAGCAAACGACCAAAACUGAUUGGUUUUCAUAUGUUUCCAAGUCUAUUAAGUUCCCAAAAACGUCAAGGUCACUGCUAUUUUGGUACAAAUGAUCUAAAUUACUGGGCAAAAGAUUAAAGGAUUUUGAUAUAUUUUUAUGACCUUGAAACUUAAUUUAUUUACAUAUUUGUUUCUAUAGAUUUAAUUAAGGGGGUCCUCUAGUUUCUCGUGUCGAAAAAAUCGAAUUUUUAUUUUUUCAUAAAUCACAUCUACAACAUAUGUGUAGAAAAUGUGUGCCAAAGGAUUUUUCGAGUUACAAGUUACGGCCCUGGAAUGGAGCAGGAAUAAGGAGCGCGCGCAACGCUGCUCCGCAAGGCCGAGCGGCGCUGACAAUAAUACAGAUAUCCCUAAAUCUAACUGAUACUUGAACCUUUUGUGAAUUAGGCCCGAGUAGAGGGGAGCCGAGACCGUUGACAGCAUGGUUGACAGACGCUUUCGAGUAUUGACUAAGACGCUGUGAAGCGUUGAUUAGUUUAGUUUUGCUGUGGCAGUUGCGAAGCCUACUAUAUAUUUUCUCUUGCGAGUCACACGUAGCUGAUUUUUUGAAAAUAAUUUUUAAAAUGUUAAAGAAAGGAAGUAGAGACGCCCCGGCUCGUUACGAUUGACCUAAAAAGCGAAAAUUCGCAGGCACCCAACACACUUUUAAACAAGACAAGUCGUUUACAUCGGCGUCAGUGAAGAAACUUGUUCAAAAUAAAAAUUUAGAAGUGUACAUUGAACAUACUUUUAUGUAUUGUAUUUUGAAUUUCGCGAGUGUAUUUUCAACUAUUUCUUCGGUUUUUUAUUUGUAAAGAGUGCAAAAGUACGGUGACUUUUCAUCAACGUGAUGUACGAGGAUUGGGCUUUAAAAUUUCUAUGACGUGCAAGUGUGAGAAAGAAAAAGAAGUAGAUGUCCAAAAAUAGGUAAAGCCUACGAAAUAAAUCACAGCUUAGCUGUGAAAUAAAUCGUCGCUUAGUUUUUGUGAUGCGUUUGUUGGGAGUCGGUUAUGAAGGACUAAUGGAUAUGGGACAUGGUUUUGCUUUGAACACGUACGAUACCAUAUUAGAAAAUAUUCACUCAGCUUCUUCGGCCGUUUUUGAUACAGUGUUGUCGAUUGCAGUUAAUCAAGAAAAGGAAAUCCUUCAAGAACAAGGAAAAGCAGAAAAUGAAUUCACCAUAUCUGGAGGUGGCACAUGUAAAAAAAGAGGAUUUUCAUCUUUAUUCGGAGUUUCAACUUUAAUUACAAAGUAUACCGUUAAAGUGGUUGAUUCGUGUGUAAUGAAUAGUUUUUGUGCUGGUUACAAUUUGUUGGAAAAUAAAAAAAAUAGUGAUCCAGUUGGAUAUGCAGGAUGGCUAGCUGGUAGUGAAGAAAAUUGUACUGCAAAUCAUACUGGAAUUUCUGGGAAGAUGGAAAUAGAUGCAGUUGUGAAAAUGGUUUCUCGUUCAGUAAAUAAACAUCAAGUUCGAUAUACGACAUACAUAGGAGAUGGUGACAGCAAGACAUUUAAAGGUAUUUUGAAGGCAGAACCAUAUGGAAAAGAUGUUGUAAAAAAAGAGUGUGUUGGACUGGUUGAAAAGAGGAUGGGGACUCGGCUCCGAAAUGCAAAAAAAUCUAAUAAAGCCAUUGGUGGAAAAGGUGCAGGAAAACUCACUGACAAAUUGAUUGGUGAGAUGACAAAGUAUUAUGGAUUAGCUAUUCGGAGACAUCCAGAGUCUAUUGAGGAAAUAAGGAAGGACAUUUGGGCAACAUUCUAUCAUAAGAUUUCCACAGACAGCAAUCCACAGCAUCAAAAUUGCCCUGCAGGCGAAUCUAUUUGGUGCAAAUGGCGCAGAGCAGAGUUUCUCGGAAAGGCUGAGCAAUUCAAGCACGAUAAACCACCUCUUUCUGAAGCAGUUUAAAAGGUUAUAAAGCCAAUGUAUGAGGAUUUAUCCAGAAAAUAAUUGUUAAGCAGAUGCCUGGGAGCGGAAACUCAAAAUAAUGAGUCGCUCAAUUCGUUAAUCUGGACUUUUGCUCCAAAGCACCUCCAUUCUGGGCCAAAAAGUCGUUGAAAUCGCCACGUUUCUCGCUGUCAUGAUCUUCAACGAAGGAUUCGAAUCUAUCCUGAAGACCUUGGAAACCAUGAGAGUGAAAAUCGGCCCACAAGCUAAAGGAUACGUUCAACAGCGUGAAAGCUCUCGGAUCGACCGUUCUGAAAAGCGCACGAGGGAUGUCGUAAAACAGGCCCGAAUCGCGAAAAGGGAAGACGAAGCAGCUCUGCGUGACUUCCAAGAAGAAGAGGAAGGCCUACUGUAUGGUCCAGGCAUAGCAGAUUGACGGUGAGAUGAAAUUUUUAUUAUAAAUCAUAUGCGCGAACAUUGAAACGCGUUUUUUUCGGAACACUAUUUUUCAAAACUGUGAUCACGAUAUUUCAGAAACUACUGCACCGAUAUUUUUCACUUUUAUACGACAUCUUUAAUAUGUUAUAAGCCAGCGAUUGAACUAGGAUUAUCAUGAUUGCUUUGAUACUUUUUUUUCUACGUGCGAGAAACUUAAGAAAAAAUGAGUAAACAAUAGAAUUUAAUUUUCAAGUGUAUAAAAAAAUUAAUUUUUGUAAUUUAGAAUUCAUUCUGGUUCAAUCGCUAGUCUUAAAUAUAAAGAUUAAAAUGCCGUUUGGUUUUUGGAUUUCAGAUAAGCAAAACAGCCGCAAUCUUGGUCACCGUCAAGCACCUCCUUCACUUGAUGUCUUCCUGUCGGCCAAUAUAACUUUGAUUCUAUUAUAUAUUUGGUCUUCAAAAAAUUUGUAAAGCUCAUUUAAAUGUUAAUAAAGAUUAUGUAAAAACAAUGAGAUUUGUUAUUUCGAUGGUUUGUCCGUAAAAAAUUAUUGAAAAAGUCGUAAAAAUCAAACCGAGAAACUAGAAGACCUCCUUAAUAAAUAUUUAAAUACAUAUUAAUAUCUUAUGGAAAUCUUAAUAUUGGAGUAAAAUUUAUUUGUGCAUUCUUUGUAAGUGCAGUAUUUUAUAUUCCUUCUUUUGUUCAUGAUUUAUACUCAUAUACACAAGAAAACAAGACACAAAUAUACAAAAUUUUUAUCCAAAAAUGUAUACAACGCAAAGUGCCACUACCGGUCCUGAUUGUCCAGAAUGUCACCCUACUUUCAGCUUCCUAAACAGAAUUGUCAAAUAGUGUUAAAAUUCCAUACGUUCUUUAAGGUUUUAUUGAUUGUCAUUAAUAAUCAUAAAUUAUAUACUUUAAUUUUUAGCAGCUUUAAUUAUGCAUCAUUUGUAUCUAACGUAUGUGAUAAAUUAUAUAAAAAAUUUGAUGUAUGUACAUUUUUAUUCGACUUAAAAGUCCCAAAGUCACAUAACAUUGGUAAACCUAGAUGCAUCUAGGUUUGUGUUUGUGUUCAAAACUGCUCGAGUGGAAACUAGUUAAGGACCUUUAAAUUGGUAUGGCCUUUACUUUAAUGUUCUUUGUCAACUUUCACAUAUGUUGUAGGUAAUCUAUAAUUUUGGUACAUACAAAAACUCAAUCAAUUUCGCUUCUUUGACCAUACCAACAAACAUAUAUAUUUAGUUAAAACAUUAUAUUUAGACAGGCAAUGGUAGAACAUUUCGUAGGUUCAGAACACCAUUUAUAUUACAGUGUGAUAAACUAACUGAGGAAAAAUAUCAGCCAUUUUUUAUCGAAAGAGGUUUGACAUGGCACUCCAAAGCAGGGGCGGCUUGUGGCCAAAAUUUUGGGGGUUCACAGUAGCAGCAUAUAGAUCUCGAUACGUAUGUGGGUAAAAAAACUGUCAGUCUUUUAGAAAGGUAUGUUGUAAACUUUUUAAAACACCGAAAGUUUUUUCAUAUAUCUGUACUGAUAUCUAUAUUCUGUUACUGUGAACCCCCAAAAUUUUGUUCACAAGCCGCCACCGCUCCAAAGAAAAUAAAUUUCAAAUCGAAUGAUUUUGGAAAAUAUCCAAUAUUUCUAUAUCUUGAGUGAACCACAUCGUAGGUAAAGGUUGAACAUAGGUCGUCUUACUAUUUAUUUUUCCUACUUGUUUGAAAUCGAGGAUCUUUGAGAAUAAAUAAAAUGGGUUUUUUUGAGAAUUGGCAUCUAAACGUAGUUUUUGUUGCCACAGACUUUUGUAAACCGAAUAAUUAUUUAUUUAUAUUUUAAUAUUUUCUUUAAUUAAAAAUUCAAUAAUUAAGUUAUAUAUUUUCUCAUCAAAUGAACUUAAUAAAAUAGAAAUACUUGAUGGAAAAAGGAUAUUUAGGGAAGAAAGUUUUUUAAGAAGAACGAUGAGAAUUAUGGUGGCUACAAGAAAAAAUGAGGUGGUUGAUAUCAGCAAAAGAAGAAUUGUCGCAUUGACAGAAAGGUGAUAUAUUAAUACCAAUUCUGGAAAGGUGAGACGGAAAACCCCCAUGAUUUAGUUUCAUCCUUGUUAAAGUCGUACAAUAAUACCUAGACAUUUUAAAAUUUGUAAUGUGGGAAAUAGAUUUUGGAAGAACAGGGUGAAUAAAUAUAUAUGGGCUAUUUGAAUGAGAAACUAACAGCCGUAUGCAUAGUCGAUCGCCAGCGGCUCGCAAGAGAUUCAUUUCGGCGUUUCGCCAGGAUUCGCUGGCGAUCCGCCGGCGAAAGCCCAAAAAGGUGGCGUUUCGCCGGAGAUUGUCACCGGAAUGUCAUUUCACGCAAGUUUUUAUUUUCUUUUAUAGGGAUUAUCACCGGUAUCUCUCGCAUUUUAUUCAUGAUUCAUUUCUUAAAACUCAAAAAAUAAAGAACGAAUAUCAAUUUUUUCCCUAUAAAAGAACAUGAAAACUUGCGUGAAAUGACAUUCCGGUGACAAUCUCCGGCGAGUCGCCAGCUUUUUGGACUUUCGCCAGCGAAUCGCUGGCGAUACGCCGAAAUGAAUCUCUGGCGAGUCGAUGGCGAUCGACUAUGCAUACGGCUGUAUGUGUUUCCAAAGUUUCUCCCAGCUUGAUCUAACAUUUCGUUUCAUUGCAUGAAUAAUAUCCUGAGGAGAAUGAAUAUUACUAAUAGUUGGAAGAUUGGAUUCUUUAACAGCUAAAUCGACUUUUUCAUUUCCAACUAUCCCUUUAUGACUUUUAACCUAGAUAAAAACGAUCUUGAUUUUAGAAAUAUGAAGAGUAAGGAGAGACUGAAUAAUUUCUCUUAUAAUAGGAUUUUUGUUAAUAAUUUGGUAAAUGAAAUUGGGAAAUAAAGUUUUCCUUUAGACCCAUCGCAAAAAAUAGUAUUAACUGUACCUAGGGAAUAAGAUUGUUGGCUUGAACAAUAAGGAGAAAAAAUUUAACAGGUAUAUAGAAAGAAUAUCGUAAGACUCAAUUUUAUUUAAAAACUGGUUUAAAGAUACACAGACUUCAGCCAAAGGUGGACUAUUUUUAAAUUUACAAUAUUUGUUGGUUAGGUUAUAGUAAAUUUAUAAAUUUUCAAUAGCAAGACAAUCUAAGUUAGACCUUUAUCUGUAACCUAUCAGGGCCUGGCCCCCUGUAUAUUGAUUGAAAAAUGUUUUUACUCAGUUACUCUAUUAAUGGUAGGUUAAAAAUAUAAAACUUUCAAAUAUGUUUAUAUACAGGGUGGCUCACGCUCAACAGGACGGAGCUUUAUGGGAAAACGACCAAAGAUAUUUGUUAGAUGUAUACAGGAUGUCCCA